AUGGCUGCGGCUCUUCUCAAAAGUAUGUUAGCUGCUGCUCGAGGUGCUGUUCCAGAGCCGAUGUAUGUUAUUUGGGGUGGAGAUACUGUGCCGCAAAAUCCUUUUUUAACUGAUAUCAAUUACUACAGCUGGAUGAAAACAGUGACAAAGUUGAUUAGGUCUUAUUUUUCUUCUGCAACCGUUAUUUUACCCGUUUUUGGAAACCUAGACGUGAUUAAGCCGUUUAAGUUUCCCGAUGAGUACAGCAAUGUUUAUAAAACGGGCUAUUCCAUUUGGAGAAGUUUUGUCGGAGCAAAAAAUAAAGCGACCUUCUUGAAAGGAGGAUAUUACAAGCAACUACUUAACAAUAAGAUUACAGUCCUUUGCCUCAACACUAAUUUGUAUUACACAAAAAAUCCUCUUAUCAAAAAAUUCGUAAACUGUUCUGACCCAGCAGGCCAGUUUCAGUUCAUGGAAAAAACUUUUUUGGAAGCUCAGUCUAAAGGGCGAUUUGUUCAUAUAAUCGCUCACUUGCCGCCUGGUGCUUCACAACACACUGCGGGACAAACGUGGAUGUUAGCAGAUUACAACUCAAGAUUCUACAAUCUUAUAGUCCGUUAUAAAGACGUUAUUAAGCUUAUAACCUUUGGAUUUGAGCAUACAGAUUCUUUCCGAAUUAUAAAGAAUCUUCAAACGGAUGAAGCAGUGCAAGUUGCUUUUAUUACACCAUCUGUGUCUGCUGGCGGAAAGUUUGACGAUACAAGCAGAAAAAAGAAUCCAUCUUUUAAAAUUUUUGAAUUUGAUUCUGCACUGGAAGUUCUCGAAACAGUAAAAGCUGUAGCGUUAUGUGCAAUUGAAAAUGUCGAUUACAGUGCCUAUAAGGACUGUUUGAAAAUCAUUUCACAGGAAACAACCGCAGAAGCAACCACAGCGGUAGAAACCACUGCAACAGCAGUACCCUUGUCAAGGACUGGUCGCGUCUUGCAGUUUACAGACUUCCAUUAUGAUCAACAGUAUUCCGUAAAAGGAAUUCCAACAUCAGAAUCUUUAUGCCAUCUGUUACCAAAUGAGACUAGCCAUAAAAAACUUGGUGACUAUGGCGAUUAUAUGUGCGAUGCUAAUGCGAAUCUUAUCAAUCAUAUGUUGAGUGCAGCCAGAGAAUUAAUAUCUUUACCAGAUUUUAUCCUGUGGACGGGCGAUAAUUUCCCUCAUAUUAAUGAUUACAAUGUAUCGAUUCUUGAAAGCGCACUUAAACAAGCUACAAACUUUGUUAACAAAGCGUUUCCUGGAGUUUUGGUUUUACCCACAUUUGGGAAUCAUGAUUUCUCGCCUGCAAAUGCCUUCCCUGACAAAGACCAUGAAAUUUAUGACACCACUUUUAAUUUAUGGAAACAAUGGAUUGGUGACAAUAACAAGGAGACUUUUCUCAAAGGUGGUUACUAUAAAUAUCAACUAACUCCCGAUACUCUAGUGCUCGUGCUAAAUACAAACUUGUACUAUAGAUUUAAUGCAGCUUAUAACUCCUUCAGCAACAAAACUGACCCUGCUGGCCAGUUUCAGUUUAUGAUUGAUAAUUUAGAAGAUGCAAAAAAGAAUGGUGUCAGAGUCCAUGUUGUUGCUCACAUUGCUCCUGGAGUAUUCGAAAGAACUCCAUUCUUCACCUGGAUGUACCCUGAGUACAACCAAAAAUUUAUCGACAUAACUGUCCAUUAUGCGACAACAAUCAAAUCUAUGAUUUUUGGGCACCAUCACACAGACACCUUCCACAUUGUCAAAGACCCCGCGACCAGAAAAACCGUGCAGGUUUACUUCAUGGCACCAGCCGUUACACCGUGGUUUAGUUCCUUGCCUGGUGCCGGAGCAAAUAAUCCAGCUUUCAGAAUUUAUGAUUACGAUAUCAACACUGAAGAAAUUUUGGACGCAACUUUGGCUCAUCUGUGUUCAAUAGAAUUCCCAGAUUAUCUUGCAUAUAACGCUUGCAUGAAGCAAGAAGCUGGAACUACAAGUUCUCCGAAAACCACAACUUUAACAACUGCUACUGGAGGAACAUCUCCAACAGUUCGUUUAACGGCGCUACUUUUUAUCUUGCUCUGGUGGGUCCUCUUUAGCGCUGUUUGCGUAUAA